AUGUCGAAGUUCCGUGUCCUCGUCGUGCUGGCCCUGUCAUCCAGCGCCCUUGCUGGUUUCCUGCAUGGUGGUUACAAUCUCGGCCACGGUGUCGGCUUGACCAGCUACGGGCUUAGCCACGGAAUCGGCUAUUCUGGCCUCACCGGCUUCGGUGUCGGCCAUGGCCUUGCUUAUGGACCAGCCGCCAGCUACGCCGUUGCCGCCCCAGCUCUUGCUGGAGCCGUCUCUACCUACCAUGCUGCUCCAGCACUGACCACCGUUCACGCUGCCCCAGCUGUCACUGCUGUCCACGCGGCACCAGCUAUCGCUACCUAUGCCGCCGCUCCAGUUGCCACCGUUGCCGCUACCCCAGCUGUGUCCCGCGUGACCACCUACCAGUCCGCCCCAGUUGUCGCCGCCACCCCAGCUGUUGCAUCUGUGGCCACUGCUCCAGCUGUGUCCCGCUUCACCACCUACCAGUCCGCCCCACUCGUUGCCGCUGCUCCAGCUGUUUCCCGCGUCACCUACCAGGCCACCCCAGCUGUGACUAAGGUCUACCAGAGCGCCCCAGUCGUCGCUGCUGCCCCAGCUGACUCCCGCGUCACCUACCAGUCUGCUCCAGUCGUUGCUACCUACGCUGCUCCAGGUUUUACCAAGGUCUUCCAGUCUGGCUCGGCUGUUGCUGCCCCAGCUGCCUCCCGAGUCAGCUACCAGGCCACCCCAGCUGUCACCAAGGCCUACCAGGGCACACCAGUCGCUCCUGCUGCCCCAGCUGUGUCUCGCGUCGCUUACCAGUCUGCUCCAGAAGUCGGUACCUACGCUACCCAAGGUUUGAGCAAGGUUUUCCAGUCUGGUUCAGCUGUUGCUGCCCCAGCUGUCUCCCGUGUCACCUACCAGGCCGCCCCAUCUGUUACCAAGGUCUUCCAGAGCGCCCCAGCAGUCGCCGCUGGCCCAGCCGCGUCCCAUGUAACCACCUUCCAGUCUGCUCCAGCGGUUACAACUUUCGCCGCUCCAGCUGUCACCAAGGUGUUCCAGUCGGCCCCUGUUUUGGCUACGGCCCCAGCUGUGGCCACCGUCGCCCACGCUGCCCCAGCUUUCGCUACCGUUCAUGCCACCCCAGCUGUUGCCACUACCACCUUCCACCACGCCCCAGCUGUCGCCACUGUCACACACACUGCACCAGCCUUCGCUGCCUAUCACGCCGCCCCAGUCUACGGCUACGGUGUUGGAAGCCUUGGCUACGGCGCUGGCCACUAUGGCCUCGGCCACGGCAUUGGUGUCUACGGCCUGAACUACGGCUACGGUCUUGGUACUCCCUUCGACUACAACAUCCUGCUCCGCAGGAAGAAGUAAAUAACUCGUCUCUUCAGAGGACGUGGUGCUUCGAAAAGGAAAAGAAUAUGCUAAGACUAGGCUCAGUUGUGCAUAUUGUAAAAUAUUGUGGCAGA